CGGACGCGAUCUUCUAAACCUACCAUGACAAGCGCUAUCGCAGACGCAGAUACCACGGCACGCGAAGCUGCAGGCCAAGCGCUUUCUCACUCAACUGACUCCGAAGUCAAACCUCUCUGGGAGCCACCAGACCCGGAGAACACACCUACUUUCGCCUUACUUAGGACACUCAACGCGAAGUACUCACUCAACCCGCCCCUUGUGACCUACGAAGACCUCUGGCGCUUCUCCGUUAAGCGACAAUCGGACUUCUGGGGUACAGUUUGGGAUGUUGUUGGUGUCAUCGGUGAGCGAGGCAUGCAUGUGGUGGAUGAAGAGUGCGUCCCCGCGGACAAUCCGGAUUGGUUCGCGGAUGAGGAGACGAAGUUGAACUGGGCGGAGAAUAUGUGUAGGUGGAAGGACGGAGAGGAAAGCAAGCGGACUGCGCUUAUACAAGUUGUGGAGCCGCUUCUUGGAGAACAGCACGACCCUAAGAGCUUAAAACGAGUUACUUAUGAAGAGCUGUACGCGCUCGUUUCUGAACUUGUUUCCGCGUUGCUCGACGUCGGAUUGAAGCCCGGUGACCGUGUUGGCGCUUAUUGCUCCAAUUGCAUUGAAAAUGUAGCUGCCUGUCUUGCAACUUCCGCAAUUGGUUGCAUUUGGGUCAGUGCGGCCGCCGACUUCGGACCGGAAGGUGUAUUAGAAAGGUCAUUCGAACAGGUCAAGCCGAAGGUGGUAUUCAGCGUAAAUGGUGUCGUUUACAACGGCAAAGUGCAUCCGCAUUUGUCCAAGCUGUCCGAGCUUCUUGAUGGGAUGGCCUCUGCAUCGUGUAAUCCUCAGAAAGUAGUAGUCAUCAAUGCUGUCAGCAGUCCACCUGGUAACUGGAGGCACGAGUGGGAACACUGGGAUAAUUUCGUCAGCAGAGGAAGAGUGAAGAAGCUCGGAAGGGACGAAAAAGGUAACAUAUUAUGGAAAAGGAUGGGGUUUAACUGGCCUCUCUGGAUCUUGUUCAGUUCGGGAACGACGGGAAGACCGAAACCCAUUGUCCACCGCGCAGGAGGAAUGCUUCUGCAGUCAUUGAAAGAAUUUGUCAUUUGCGGGGAUCUACGGCCUGAAGAUGUGUUCUUCUACUACACAACAACCGGAUGGAUGAUGUGGAAUUUCUUAGUAUCUGGUCUCGCAUGUGGCUCCACCCUCGUGCUUUAUGAUGGUAGUCCACUGCGCGAACCGGCAUUCCUAUGGCAUCUUGUUGAUCAACUGGGAAUUACAAUUUUUGGCACAAGUGCGAAAUACAUAGACCAGCUUUCCAAAGUAUACAAGCCUAGAGAACACCACAAGCUGACUGCACUGAGGCAUAUCUAUUCAACUGGAUCACCCCUUCCUGCAUCCUCCUUUGAUUAUGUCUAUGAACACAUUCAUCCUGACGUGUUGCUAGGUUCAGUAACCGGUGGGACAGAUAUCUGCUCUCUUUUCGCAGGCAUGAACACGGCUCUACCUGUUUACCGCGGGGAAAUCCAGUGCCGCAUGCUCGGCAUGGCUAUCGAAACAUACGGGCCGGGUGGCACACCAAGUCGUUCAGGCGAAGCUGGCGAGCUCGUGUGCGUACGCCCCUUUCCGUGUCAACCCGCAGGAUUCUGGCCAUUGGCGGGCUUUCCUGACACAGACCUCAAUGCUGUGACUGCUGCUGCGGCGCGCCACCAAGCUGCUUACUUUUCGGAAUACAAAAACGUGUGGUAUCAUGGUGACCAUGUCUUGCUUACACCUUCCAGACGUGGAAAUGGAGGUGGACUCGUUAUGCUUGGCCGUAGUGAUGGUGUAUUAAAUCCAGGGGGUGUACGUUUUGGUUCUGCAGAGAUCUACGACGUGGUAGACAUGUGCUUCAAACCGGGACCCACAACUCCGCCGAAGCACGUCGUUGUCGAUUGCCUUGCAGUAGGACAAGCAAUCAACGGCGGGGCGGACGAGCGCGUGAUCUUGUUCAUUAAACUGCACGAUGGAUACACAUGUACGCCCGAACUAGAGAAGCGCAUCAAGACUGAAAUUCGAGCUCGAAGAACUGCGCGUCAUGUGCCCGAGCGAAUUGUGCAGGUGAGCGAUGUUCCGUACACAUUAAAUGGAAAGCGAGUGGAGGUCCCUGUGAAAAAGAUAAUCAACGGCGCGCCGAUUGCGGGGAUAAAUCCAGCAACUUUAAGGAACCCAGAAUGCCUUGCCGAGUACGCCGCUCUCGGACAGAAAUUACGGGAUGAGUUGCCCUGACCCGAAAUUCGCGGGUCUUCGUGUUAGUAGCCAGUUUGGAAGUAACAUUGAACAAAUGUAUUUCAGUCUGUAAACAUAACAAUG